AUGGAGGCAAAAACCUUGCACCUGCUAUCGUGCACCGCAAUCCCGCCAUUGGCGAAUUCUUCAACCUUAUCAAGAUGCAUCAAGCCUUUCCCAUUACCCUCAUCUUUCAAGACUUUGCGCAAAAGCAAGAAGGUUGAAGAGCAAGACCUGCAAGGUCUCCCGAAAGAGUAUUACGACGAUGAAUGGCAAGCGAGGCAGAGGGAGAAGACGAAGGAGCUGCACAGGAGGCGGCAGGAGGAAGACGAGGAGGAGGAAAGGAAGGUCGACGAGUAUCGUGAGAUCGGGAUGAGGCUGAAAGACUUUCCAGAGGAAGAGCUUCGAAAAGCCAGGAAGUUGGUCUCGAGCUUCAUAAAAUCGGCCGAGGAGGUUGAAGAGAAAAUUGUGGAAGCUGCUGAGAGAGGCGAACUGAGUGAAUUAGUGCUAUUGGUGAUAUGGAAUCGCCUUGAUCUAGCUCGACGUGAUGAUGAAAAGGAUGCUAUUAGAAGUCUUGAUCUCUUGUACCGGAGGGUUGAGACUGAGAUUUUGAAACGAGAGGCAACUCCAGCUAUGAGACUACUCAAUGAACUACUGAAUUUGCACGAUGGAUUUGAUGAUGACGGUUGGCUCAAGGAAUGUAAGAAGCUUAUGGUCGAAGCUUUUCCCAGGGAGGACCCUUUUAGCAUUCUCGUACCUGCUGGAUUUGACAUUGAUAAGCAUCAAGGACCAAUCAGACCAAACUUUGAGGCGGUCGAUGAUGUUCUUUUGAGGGUGGAUUUUGUGAGAGAAGUUAACGAGCUGCUCCAAGAGGUUCGACCCCAACCAGAAGAAGCCGUCAAUACGCAAUCCCUCGAUCCAGAGUCUGUUGCCAUUCGGUUAAAACAGCAGGAAAAACAACGAACCAUUCGCCAAGUUGAAGCUCUUCUGGAUCUAGCAAUUAAUUUGAAAUGGUAG